GCUUCGCUGUCGCAGUUUGAGGAAAACAUAUGCACAUGCCUACCUAUGAAUGAAUGUAAAUUUAUGAAGCCCUCGCUCAAUUCAAGUAAAAAAACCCUUUUCUGAAUUCAAACCGCUUCCGAGUCUCGAUCGGGACACACGUAAACUACCGAUCCUCCAAAGAAUUGUUUAGUAAAUAGCUUUCCGUACGAAAACGAUUUUAUUAUAAUUUUUGUCUAUCCCUGCAGACAAUUAAAUAAAAUCACAUAGCUUUAUGCUGGAAUGUCCUGUUUAGAGAGUGGACCUUGUUGAAAUCAAACUUAAUCGCGCACUUAAUUCUAAAAUGAUAAUGAACAGCAAUUCAAACCAGGAACAAUACUUCAGAAGAAAUAUUACAGGCAAAGUUAAUGCGGCGGAUUGCCCAAGCUAUUCCAAAAAUUUAUUUAUGGGCUAUAAGCUGCAAUUGUUUUUCUGGACUGCAGUAGGCUUCUAUGUAUUCAUAUUUUUGAUUUUUCUGGCCAUAUGUAUUUCGAUAUAUGUAUAUUUUAAAAGCUAAUUAAUGAUAACUUUGUGAGAGGUGUAA